AUGGAUUUUCGGUCCAGCAUCUCAAAGACAUUUCUUUCCUUCAUUCUUACACUGUUACUUGUGAGGAGUUCGAAUGCAGGUGGAAUUUCCAUUUAUUGGGGUCAAAAUGGGAAUGAAGGAACAUUGGCAGAUACUUGCUCCACGGGUAACUAUGAGUAUGUAAACAUCGCUUUUCUUACCACCUUUGGUGGUGGUCAGGCUCCGAUUCUCAACCUGGCUGGUCAUUGUGAUCCCAGUAACAAUGGGUGUGUCAAGUUGAGCUCUGACAUCAAAUCUUGCCAAGCAAAGGGAAUCAAAAUCAUUCUUUCAAUUGGUGGUGCGGUUGGGAACUACUAUUUAACUUCUGCUGCAGAUGCAAGACAAGUUGCUACUUACAUUUGGAACAACUUCUUGGGUGGAAAAUCAUCUACACGUCCACUGGGUAAUGCCGUAUUGGAUGGUAUCGACUUUGACAUAGAAAGUGGAAAUGGACAGCACUGGGAUGACCUGGCGAAGUACCUCUCUGCAUAUAGCAACCGUGGAAAGAAGGUCUAUCUGACUGCAGCACCCCAAUGCCCAUACCCAGAUGCAUGGGUUGGGAAAGCACUCCAAACAGGUGUUUUUGACUAUGUAUGGGUACAGUUUUUUAACAAUCCGCCAUGCCAAUAUAGUUCUGGAGAUAUCAAUAGCAUUGAAGAUUCUUGGAAGCAAUGGACUUCUGAUAUCCCAGCUAAAAAGAUUUUCCUUGGGCUUCCAGCAGCUCCUAAUGCAGCCGGAAGUGGGUUUAUCCCGGUUGCUGAUCUCACUACAAAGGUUCUUCCUGCAAUCAAGGGUUCUGCUAAGUAUGGAGGAGUGAUGCUUUGGUCCAAGUACUAUGAUGAUCAAUCUGGAUAUAGCUCUUCCAUUAAGAGUCAUGUUUAG